AAGAGUUUCGUUUAGUUGGUUUAUAAUUUUAGUUUUGUGUUUAAUAGUGCGUUUUAGGUCCAGAAAAUUCAAAUAAAAAAAUUUAUUUCACAAUGACGUCGAUUGAAGUGGAUUACAAAGCAAAUAUUAAAUGUUUCGAGGAGGAUGAGAACUGCUACGAGAGCGAAAACAGUGAAAUUUGCGAGUUUUUCACCGGAAAAUACGUCUUUAUUACUGGAGGAACGGGAUUUUUGGGGAAAUUAACCAUCGAGAAAUUGUUGAGGAUGUGCCCGGAUAUUUCUGGAAUUUUUAUGCUCGUCAGGACGAAGAAAGGAAAAGAUAUCCAUUCGAGAAUCGAAGACGUUUUUAACGGGGAGGUUUUCCAACGCCUUUCGAACAAGCAACCGAAAUUUCGAUACAAAAUAAUCCCGGUUUCGGGAGAUGCGGGACUUCCUGGGUUAGGAUUAAGAAUAGAGGAUCGUAAAGUCAUCACGGAAAAGGUAUCAAUAAUAAUCCACGGAGCCGCCACGGUUCGUUUCGACGAAAAACUUCACAUAGCAACCAAUAUUAACGUAAAGGGCACCGAAGAAGUUUUGAAUUUGGCCAAGGAUUGCAAAAAUUUGAUUAGUGUGGUGCACGUCAGCACCGCAUUUGCCCAUUGCCCCAAUAAAACCAUCGAAGAAAAAUUUUACGAGGUCCCCAUUUCUCCGGAAAAACUCUCCCAAAUAUGCGACAGCCUCCCGAUCGAUGUCUUAGAGAAAAUUACCCCCGAUUUAGUUGGAGUUUGGCCCAACACCUACACAUUUACGAAAGCUAUAGCCGAAGAAGUCGUGAGGAAGCAUUCGAAAAAUUUACCAGUUUGCGUUUUUCGACCAGCAAUAAUUAUUUCGACUUAUAAGGAGCCAUUAAAAGGGUGGAUCGAUAACGUUUAUGGCCCAACUGGAUACUUUUUGGGUUGCGGGUUGGGUUUAUUGAGGACGUUGAGAGCAAAUAGAGAUGCUUUGGCCGAUAUAAUCCCAGCAGAUAUGGUCAUUAACGGGAUAAUAUCGACAGCUUAUCAAACCGCGCUUGAAAAGAAGUCGAUUCAAGAAAACGAUCAGCAAGAAAUCAAAAUUUACAACUACGUUUCUUCGGUUCAACAACCAAUAACUUGGGGGAGGUUUUGCGAUUUUUCAAAAUCGAAUGGAAUUGAGACUCCCGCAAUGAAAGCCGUUUGGUAUUAUAACUUAAAAAUGAUUCCAAAUGAAACUUUGUAUUGGAUUUACGCCUUUUUCGUCCAUAUAAUCCCGGCGAUUAUAAUCGAUAUGGUUUUAUUCGUUUUGGGAAAAAAACCAACGAUGCUAAAAGUUUAUAAAAAAAUCCAUAAAUUUAGCGAAGUCUUAGCAUACUUUGGAACAAGAAAAUGGCACUUUUCGAACGAAAAUGUCCAAAAUCUUUUCGAGAAUCUAUCAAAGGAAGAUCGGGAUUUGUUUAAUUUCGAUAUGAGGAAGUUAAAUUGGGAGGAAUAUUAUAAAACUUACGGGUUAGGGGUGAGGCAAUAUCUCCUUCACGAAUCCAUGUCAACGAUUGAGCAAGCAAGGAAAAGAUAUUUCAGAUUAAAAAUAUUCAACUUCUCCUUAUUAAUCGUCCUCUUCUUGGUGGGGUUAAACCUAAUCUACAGGAUUGUUUCGUACGCAGUAGCAGCGAUUUUCUAAGUUAUUAAAACAACAAGAAAAUGAUUUCGAAAAAAUUGGUGUAAUCGUUAAAUUUGUAAAGGUUCUGUUAAAUGUAAUUUAAAGAAAAUAAAUUUU